AUGUCUUGGUGUCGUCCACUUACUAAGAAGUAUGAAGGUUUUAAUGGUGUAGACAGUGCCCGGAUUUUCCUUUUUUCCUCAUUUGUUGUGUCGAGAUAAAGUUGCUGGCUACAAACUUUAAAACCUUGCCGGAUAUGGACAAACAAACUUCAAGCUGUUUAAGGCAAAGAUGGUGAUAAACAUGAUGAUGAUGAUGAUGAUGAUGAUGAUAGUGACGAUGAAGAAGACGAAAACAAUGGCGAUGAUUAUGAUGAUAAUGAUGAUGAUGGCGGUGGUGAUGAUAGUGAUGAUGAUGAUAACGAAGAUGAUGAUUAUGUUAAUAAUGGAGAUGGUGAAUAUGACGUUUUUGAUGGUAAACACUGCUUACCCCUCCUCCUAUGGCCCAAGCAGCCACAGUUGACUGUCCAGCACACCUCAUGA